AUGAAAACCAUUAACAAUACGACAUCCACAGGCCAUCAGAUUGAUGUCCUCGUCACGUUGGCCCUGAAUACUAGACCAGGUACUGUACGCGUUUUCCACACAUUGGAGCCUGUGGUUAAGUCUCUCAUGUUCGGAUGGGUCACUGAAGAUCUCCGCCAGGCCAUCCUGAAUGGUGGGCUGGGUUUCUUCGGGAGACAUGAGAUGGUACACGCCCAAGCCGAGGAUGAAGCUGCGGUGGCGUGCCAGCAGAUUGAGACUCCUUGGCUAAAGAUCGAUGCCCAUCGGGUUGCGAUACAAAAAAUGACUGGAUUCCUCGCUGGCGUGCCGUGGUAA